AUUUCUUUGUAAAUAGAAAAAAUAAUAAUUUUUUCAACGUCUCUUGUAACAAAGCUAUGAAUAGAUUUCUUAAAGAAAAAAAAGAAAAGUAAUUUUGAGCCACAGUCUUCUCCAUUUGGUUACAAAUCAACCUACAAAAGAUCAGUUCAUGUCUAUAGCUCUUCUGGAGAUGAAACAGAUGAACAAAACUCAGUAAACAUCUCUCAGUCAAGAUCUUCUAUUUAUAUGCAAGAUGACAUGAGCAAUUAUGACCUUUAUAAUAAAGAAAUAGGUGAACAAGAAUCAGUUUCUUUUGCUUCAACCUCUACUUCCAUUCAUAAAGUUUUAAACGUGAGCAAAAAUAAGAAUAUCCAUGAGAAUAAAGAAAAAAAUAAGCACACAAAGUAUGAAACCAAUCUUUCUAUAAUACCUCAUUCAAAAUAUAUACGAACUUAUUUCUAUAACAAUACUGAUAAUGAACAAGAAUUGAAUAAAUCUAUAGGAAAAAAAUUAAAGCUUGUAUCUUCAUCUUCUAAAUACAGACAAGCAUCGAUUGACAAUUACGAUAUUAAUAAUGGGAAAAAUGAAGAAGAACUUAACCGUGUGCCAAUAGCUUCUCCCAUUUCUAAACAAGCCUCUACUAAUGUUUAUGAUACAAGUGAUGAUGAUGAGAUGGAUGAACAAGACUUUUAUGCGCCUUUCACUUCUAAUCAACUCCCCAACGUGAACAAUAACAAGGAAUCUACAGGAAAACAAUUAAAGCUUAUGUCUUCAUCUUUGAAAUACAGAAAAGUAUCAACUGACAAUUAUAAUAUUAAUAACGGGAAAAAUGAUAAGUACAAUUUUAAUUUCAUUAAAUGUAGAAAAAAAUGA